GGGGGGGUGGGAGCCCAAUUCAAUUGUUCAGGGAAUGGAAGUAACUCAUUUUGCGGCUGGAGGAACCCAGUGGAGCUCGCUGUGUGCAGGGAGUUUUUCCACUGCUCUCUCCCGUUUGAACAGCAUAACCUCGAGCGUUUCCAAACCGAUGCUCUGUGUGCUGCUGCCACCGUCCUUCUGGCAGGGCCAGGUCUGGUGGGCAGCCUUUGGGUUGAAGUCUUGCAUGGGAGCACUGGCAUCACCUGCGUGGGGCCUUCUGGGGGGAAAAUUAUGCACCCUGUGGGAUCUGGUUUCAUUUUGGGCAGGGUGAAAUGGGCCGAGGGAGGAUCUUCCCCCAUUUACAGGCUGGGAUUGUACUUCUGAAAGCCCUUUUAGAGGCAGAAAGGUUCCCAACUUGGUCUCUCCAGGCAGGGGUGAAUGUCCCACCUACACUCCCACAUGACCUCAGAAAAAUGAAUCGCCAGAAAUGAACGGAAGCGAAGGAAAAAAGGGAAAAAUAAAUAAUAAUAAUAAUAAUUAAAAAAUCCCUCCCCAAAGCCGCCUUCCAGAGGGUUGGGCAAAAGAUAAAAGCUCUCCAAGGAGCCGGGACUCCUCCUCUCCCACCACCGACUCCUCAUUUAAAUGUCUGUGCGCACGCUGCAGCCAGCACUGCCUCGGCGGCCCCCUGCCCGCCACCCCUGCUGUGCCCCGGGGGGCAGUGCCCAUGCCAGGGCGCAGCACAGACCGGGCUUAGCACCCAGAAGCAGCCCUGCCUGGUCCCGCGGGCAGACUAUGCGAGAACCCCCGGGGGGAGCCGAGCCGCACGGUGCCUGCCCAGCUGCGGAGGAGUGGGUGACGAGGGGGUCCCGGUGCAUGGACCCCCCGAGGCCAGCUCCCCAAUGUCGGCUCCGCUGCUGCUCUGGGUCAUCCUCCUUCAGUGGGCCGCCGGCGGGGGCUUCAUCAGGGGCAGCAGGAUGUGGCAGCACUGCACAGACCUGCGCCCGCUGGACAUCCUCUCAGAGGUGGUGCCCGCCGGUGGGCUAGCCCAUGGCAUGAGGGUGUUUCAAGUGCAGGGGGUGCGCGGUUUCCAGCUGGCUGCCUCGCGGCCCCGAGCCCUGUGCUUCCCAGCCUCCCGGCUUUUCAUCCACUGCGACCGCUUCCCCGAGGAGUUCUCCAUCAUCGUCACGCUGAGGGUCCUCAGUGUCCCUGCCAAGAGGAACGAGUACGUCUUCACGCUGAUGGCGGAGGAGAGCCCCAGCGUGCUGGUGGGGCUGCGUUAUGCCCCCGACAAGCUCCACUUCCUCUUCUGGAGCCAGGAGCGCGCCGGCGGCUGGCAGACCCGCGUCACCUUCCCCAAUGUCUCCCUCUCCGACAGCCAGUGGCACACGCUCGUCCUGGCUGUCUCCGGCCAGUCCUUCUCCCUGACGGUGGACUGCAGCGUCCCCAAGGAUGUGUUAGUGGAGACACCGUUUCCAGCCUCCCUGUCAGUGAAAAGAGCCAACUUCUACCUGGGCAACAGGAGGAGGAGGAAAGGCGUGUUCACGGGCUUGCUGCGACAGCUUGUCCUGCUGCCAGGAGCUGAUGCCACCCCUCGGAUAUGCACCCCCAUGAGCUUUAAAGUAGUGACGCUCUCUGUCCCCAGUGUUCUCCAGAAUCAUCCUGCAAAGCCAGCAAGCAACAAGGUGCUAAAAUACCCCUACGAGACCGACACAAAGGUGACGCUGGGGUCCCGUCCGCCCUGCACCAUGCAGGAGAAGGCACAGUUCUGGUUCAAUGCCUCCCGGAGAGGGCUGUACCUCUGCAAUGGCAGCACCUGGAUUUCCAUGCUGGAAGUCAAGCAGAGGCUGGACUAUGUGGAAGAAUACCAGAACCUAGUGACCAACUCUGAGACGAUGGGUGUUGAGGUCUUCACCAUCCCCGGAGUGGGACUGUUUGCAGCCACGGCCAACCGACACACCGCUCCGGGGUCGGCCAUCUAUAAGUGGACUGAUGGGAAGUUUGUGCCCUAUCAGAACAUCCCCACCUACCAAGCGCAGUCCUGGAAGUAUUUCACCAUAGGAAAGAAGAUCUUCCUAGCAGUGGCUAAUUUUGAGCAGAAUGACAGGGGUCAGGAGCUGUCUGUAAUAUACAAAUGGAGCCGCAGGAAAGAGAAAUUCGUCCCGUACCAGAGGAUCACCACGCACAGCGCUAGGGACUGGGAGGCAUUUGUCAUUGAGGGAGAGGCUUUCCUCGCAGUGGUCAACCACAGAGAAGGGAAUAACCACAACAUAGACAGCGUAAUAUACAGGUGGAACCCCAGGACAGGGUUGUUUGAAACCAACCAGACCAUCCCUACUUCUGGAGCCUAUGACUGGGAAUUUUUCACCAUUGGGCCGUAUUCCUUCCUGGCUGUGGCUAACACAUUCAAUGGCACAUCCACUAAGAUCUACUCGCACAUCUACAUCUGGCUCAGUGGCUCCUUCCAGCUCUUCCAGUCUAUCCUGACUUUUGGUGCUGCUGACUGGGAGGUGUUUCAUAUCGGGGACAGAGUCUUCUUGGCUGUUGCAAACAGCCACAGCUAUGACAGCGGGAUGCCAGCACCCUCCAACUUCUAUGCCAUCAACUCCUCCAUCUAUGAGCUGAACGUCACUGCCCAGAUGUUUGUCAAGUUCCAGGACCUCCUCACCUACAGUGCCCUGGACUGGGAGUUCUUCUCUGUGGGAGACGACUCUUUUCUGGUGGUAGCAAACUCCUUUGAUGGCUUCACCUUCUCCGUUAACAGUAUUAUAUACAGGUGGCAAGGCUAUGAAGGCUUCGUAGCGGCUCACCACCUCCCCACUGUCGGCUGUAGAGACUGGGAGGCAUUUCACACCACUGAGGGCUCCUACCUCCUCUACACCAGUGCCAAGGAGCCACUUUCCAAGGUGCUCAAGCUGAAAACCACCUGAGGUGGCCGAGAUAUGCUCAGCUCAUUGCCAGGAUCGGGGCGAGCUGUGCAUCGAGGUGAAGAUGGACCACAGAGGCCCGGAACGGCGUGGGAUCAGCCCUGCGGCUGGCUGUUUGUGUGCUCCACAGGACGUGAAGGAGGAGGAUGGGAGCUCCAGGGCUCCCUGUAGCCUUGUCCAGGGCUGGCAAAGUGGCUGCGACCCUGCUUUGGUGCUGUUUGUCCUGGGCAAGCUUUCCUGCCAUGCUCCAGAGCUGCAUCCUACACAGGGGUCCUGGUGCUCAGGUGUUUCCUGGGGCUCGCUGAGCCCCAGUGCUUGGCACACUCCAGCCAGGAGGUACACAAGUGCCACUGGUUGUGGCCGGAGCUCGCAGGAAAGAGGCUGAGCAGAAUGCUGUGCUGCCCACCUGUGUGCUGAGCAUUGAGCAGACCCCUGUGCUGCCCGGGUGGGUGCAUGGCAAGGGGUUGAAAAUGGCCUGAGAAAUGAGGGGAAAAUGGUGGCUUUGGGCUUGGCUCUGGCUACCCAAUGCCUAGGGCUGCGAUGCUGCUGAGGAUCCGUCCGGUUUGACACUGCACCUCUUUGUAUGAGAUUGGUGACUCCUGAGCAAACCUGCUGUGCGCUGGGACAAGCCCAGCUGCCAUGGGCAUGGGAAAGUCCCAGAACUGCUUCAGGUGAAAUCAUGGCCUCUUUUUGUUUCCUCGGCUUUUCUGGGGCACUCUUCUGCUUAACCAGAGCUCUAAUAAAUUCUGUGCACCAGCCUUCAUCCCACAGGCAAGCUGCAGGUAUCUGAGCUGCUCUGCA